GCAUCUAUACCCGUUUGUUUACUCUCGGGGGAGGAGAAGAAGGCGAGAUGUGAAGCGGAAAACAACUUUCACCCUUUGAUAUUUUCCUCCUCGGCCAUUUCCCUUACUCGUCACCAUGGAUAAACUGACGAUAAUCUCCGGCGCGCUGUUCCUUGCCGCAGACGUGUUCGCGGUGGUGAGCCUCGCCAUGCCCGACUGGAUUGUCUCUGACAUUGGAGGUGAUACUCGCCUGGGACUGCUAUGGACAUGUGAGACUUUAUAUAACAGAUCUCAGGUCUGCUAUGCACCAUCCCUUGGAGGAGCAUGGCUGGUGACACUAGGUUGUGUACUUUUGGGUUGUGUGUGUGUCACUGCAACCAUCGUUUUGCUGGCUCUCUCACACUGCCGAAUCAGUCUCUAUAUCAUGGCCUAUGCCCGUUGGGUUGGCUUCACUGCAAUGGUGCUGUUCUGCCUGGCUGCAGUUGUCUUUCCAAUGGGAUUUUACGUUGAAGAGAUUGGCGGAGAACCAUAUCAACUCCCAAACAGUUUCCAGGUUGGAUAUUCUUACAUAUUUUUUGUGCUAGCCCUUUGGAUGACAGUGGUUUCUGAGCUUUUUGCUGGAAAAGUCUGCCUACCCAAUUUUUAAGUCAUGCAUUUUGAAAAUUGGUGGACAAUGAGCUUUGUAUGACAAACUUUUUCUCGUGAGGGAAAGUGAAGAGAAAAUGAAAUAUGAAGGUAUUGAAGUGUGAAAUACCAGAAAAAUGUAAAUAGACAAAAUAAUUGAGAUCUUGUUCAUUUCCAAGUUAUCUGUGAUGUUUGGGACUUAAUAUAGUCAUAAUACAAAGUAACAAGAAAACUAUUAGGAGUAUGUAUAUUUUUGGGUUCUUUUUUUCCCCCUUUUCAGUUUUAGGUAAUGUACAGAAGCUUUAGUAUUGAACCAGUUAUUUUUUUUCCCAUUUAUAAAUUUGCCAAGCAGUAUGUGAUAUGACUUAUGUGUGACGACUUACUACAUUGCUAUUUUAAAGUAAUGUAAUUUUAGUGAAAUAGAUUUUGAAUUACUGGUUUGACAUUUCUUUUUUUGUUUACAUUUAUAUUGAAUGUAUUGCAAUUUUAGGCACCAAACCCAGAAUGGGAAUUUAUACUUGCUUAAAGUUAUUCCAGAUACAGAAAAAGUACAUAUCUAGAACAGUGAGACUUUUAAUUCCAUAAACCCAUGGAUCACAAUUUCGUGUACAAUAGGCUUUGAUGAUGUAAAAUGAGUAACUUCAAUGAAAUGUAAUGGUUAUGUAGCUACUAAUUUUUUGUGUUGACGUUGUAGGGAUUCUACUUGAAGUUAGAUAACUACUUUGCAAGAAAAGAAAUAAUUAAAAUGUGGAUGGAUGUAGAACAGAUCUGAGAAAUUGGUGAAUGUUUGAAUGUGUAUUUUACAGCAUUUGUCCAUUGUCUUAGUUAUUGAUUUUCUGAAUGAAAUAUCAAAGAAAAUAGUAUUUAGUUUUUUUAAGAUGUCAUAAAUUUGCAUUUGCUGGAAUUGAGAGAUUAGGUGGUAGGAGAGAAAUAGAAUAUAAUUUUAUUAGGAAAGUUAAUGAAUAGUUAUACGUUAUUUUCUCAUUAGCAUGUUCUUAUCCACCUGUGGUGGUUUUGGAAAUUAUGGCUUGAGAAAUAGAUUUAGAAAAUUUUGGCACAAUUGAUGGAGGUAUUGCUUAAUUUGACAAUAAAAUCUGCAAGCUUCUGUAGAUUUUGAUUCAGGCAAUUGUUCAGAACUGUAAAGAAUUUAAGAAUUUUUCUGGUAUAAAAAUAUUUGAUUAUUAGAAUAUGUAGGCUCACUGCUAUAUUCUCCUUGAUUAUAAUUCAGACUGUAAUGGAAUAUAGACAGGAAUAUUAUUAUCUCAUAAGAAUUAAGGACAUACAAAUAGAUACAUUAAAUACAUACUUUAUUUCACUAUAUAUCUGAAAUCCAGGUAAGUUGGAGGAGUUAAAGUAUAGUGAAUUUUUUUUUCAAUCUGAAGGAACAUUAAGAGUAAAGAGGUACUAUUACCUGUUGCAGUAUAUGCUCCAUUGUGUUUUUAUUGAAGGGCAGAUGGUGCCAAAGGUUAAUGUUAAAAGAUCAUUAUUAUUAUUAACAUUAUUUUAGAAGGUGAGAUGGGGAAGAAUAUGCCAUAAGCAACUUUUUCAGGAUAGCAUUAUCUCAAUAAUCUUUUCACUCCAGCACUAUUAAUUUUCUUUUCGGUCAGUGUUGUCACUAUUGCUUUUCAAAACAACUCCAGUUUAUUGUAGCAUGUUAAAACUAUGUGUAAAAUUGUAACAUGUAGAUCAAACUCUGUAACAAUUUAUGUAAUAGCUACAGCUCCUUAUACAAAUAUGAUAUUGUUUGUUGGUAAGAUUAUAGUUCUUAUCAUUUGUAAAUCUUUUGUUCUUUGUAAAUAUUCUUUACAUGACAAGUACCUGUGAAUAUUUAUUAUUAUUAAUAUUGUAAUUAUAAUAACUUUUUGAUAUGUGAAAUGAUUAAGCACAAAUAGGAGAAAUUUGUGAUACUUUGUUAGAAUUUAAGUUCAUAUUUCAUUCCACUUUCUCAGAGAUCUGAUUUCCUAGUUUGUUUUUUUAUUCUAAAUUUGUAAACUUUUAAGUUGGUGAGUAUGUGUUUCUAUGUGUGCUAGGCCGUUCUGCUUCUUGUGUGCUCAUUGUACACUGUAUUUUUUCACAUGAAUGCACUCAUUGUUUUGCAGUACUGCUUAGUAAUAUUUUUUUGAUGUAACACUAAAUAAUUAUUGAAGACAGUGGUUCCCAAUCAAGGGAACUUUGAUCCCCAGGGUGCUGCAAGGGUGGUACUUAUUGUCCAUAAAUUAACCCCUUGACUUCAGGAUGGCAAGUACACCCAUGCCAUGCCCACAGUGAUUUUAGUUUGUUAAUUUUUGAAACAUAUAGAUGGCUCUAGAAAAGCUUAGUCACUAAGGAGUCAAUUACUAGGCAUACUUUAUCUCACAUGUUUACCCUUUUCUUGGUUUUCCUAAAGAUUUAUUUUUUUAUUGCAAUUAGUAUUGAUAACAUUAUCAUAAGCUCAAUGCCAAUAGUAAUAAUAAGAACAGUAAUGAUGUCUAAAAUAAAACUUUCAGAAAUUCAAGUAAUGGGGAUUUCAGGUGAAGUCAGGUAAACUUACUAACUGACUCCUUGGUGAUUAAGCAUUGUGGAGUCAUCUAUUAGUAUACAAAAAAAAACAAAACUACAGAGGAUAGUGCAGUUAACUAGUGCCAAUGGUUAACUUCAGAAUUCAAAAUCUUCAGCAUAUAGUGCAUUAUUAUUUACAAAUAAGGCAGUU